UUUGCCACAGUUUACAAAGCAAGAGACAAGACCACCAAUCAAAUCGUGGCCAUUAAAAAGUUGGCAUCCUGUCCAAUUUCUCCGGGACUCAAAACUCCUUUCUAACCCUCCACUCCCAACAACAAUCUGAGAUUGGAGCUUCGGUUUUGCACGUUACUUGAUUAAACUGGGACACCGAUCAGAAGCCAAAGAUGGGAUCAACAGAACAGCUUUGCGAGAGAUCAAGCUGCUGCAGGAGCUGAGCCAUACGAAUAUCAUCGGGCUGCUCGAUGCUUUUGGGCACAAAUCCAAUAUUAGUCUCGUCUUUGACUUUAUGGAAACUGACUUAGAGGUCAUCAUCAAGGACAACAGUCUGGUGCUAACCCCGGCACACAUCAAAGCCUACAUGCUGAUGACGUUGCAAGGCUUGGAAUACCUACAUCAACACUGGAUCCUACACAGGGAUCUCAAACCAAACAAUUUACUGCUGGACGAAAACGGCGUCUUAAAGCUGGCCGACUUCGGCUUGGCGAAGUCUUUCGGAAGCCCAAAUAGAGCUUACACGCAUCAGGUCGUGACGAGAUGGUAUCGAGCACCUGAGCUGCUGUUUGGAGCAAGGAUGUACGGUGUAGGCGUGGACAUGUGGGCCGUUGGCUGUAUCUUGGCAGAGCUGCUUCUCCGGGUUCCCUUUUUGCCAGGAGACUCUGACCUCGAUCAGCUGACGCGGAUAUUCGAAACGUUAGGCACGCCGACGGAAGAACAGUGGCCUGGCAUGACCAGUCUUCCGGAUUACGUGACGUUCAAGAGCUUCCCCGGCACCCCGCUCCCCCAUAUCUUCAGCGCGGCAGGAGACGACCUGCUAGACCUCCUGCAGGACCUGUUCCUGUUCAAUCCGUGCGCCCGCAUCACCGCCACACAGGCUUUAAAAACCAAGUACUUCAGCAACAGGCCCGGGCCCACCCCAGGGUGUCACCUCCCGAGGCCCAACUGCCCCGCCGAGGCCCUGAAAGAGUCCCAGCACCCGGCCGCCGUGGCCAAGCGGAAGCGGGCCGAGGCCAUGGAGCAAGGAGGAUUACCCAAGAAGCUGAUAUUUUAAUUACUGUGGACACUGGACAGUACCGAACCCGCUCGUGCUAUGGACAAAAGAGAAUGAUGGGAAAAUGCUGAAUUUCGGAUGAAUGUUGAUGAGAAGAGAAUUUGUAAAUAGCCUACACAUGUAAGAUAUGUAAAACUUUUCUGAACUUAUUUUAUUGAGCCUAUUUUAAAAUAAAAUUAUUUUGAAGCAGCGAGA